AUGAUCCUUCCGCUCGUACUGGCCAUAGUCGCCAGCUAUGUCAUCGCCACCGUCAUAUACAAUCUCUUUUUCCAUCCGCUCGCCUCCACGCCCGGCCCCCUUCUAGCCCGCAUCUCCUGCCUCCCCUCCUUCUACCACGCCUGCAAAGGUGACCGCCACUUGUGGAUAUGGAAGCAGUUCCAGAUCCACGGCGACAAGAUUCGCGCUGCCCCCGACCUCAUUCUCUUCAACACCACUCGUGCUUAUGCCGACAUAUACGGCCCCCGCGCAAAUACCACGCGCUCCGCCUUCUACAAAAUGUGGCAGCGCAGCGAGCACGAUGUCAACACAAUCACUGCAACCGAUCCCGUACUGCACGCGAAGAAGAGGCGGCUGCUCAACCUGGCCUUUACCGAGCAGUCGCUCAAGGCCGCGAGCCCGUUCCUGGUGCGGCAUAUCGAUCGCUGGGCGGAGUUGCUCGUGGGCGAAGUCGAUGCUGGGACCGAGCAGGAUGAGGUAAAGAAUGCUGCGCUUGGUGGCAAGAGGCUGUGGUCCUCGCCACGAAACAUGGCGACGUGGAUUGACUACCUGGUCUUCGAUCUCCUCGGGGAUCUAUGCUUCGGGCAAGACUUCAAAACCAAGGAGCCGGGCGAGAACAAACUGAAGAGCCUGCCGCAUCUGAUCAUGAAGCACGUGGCUGUGGGUUACAAGUUGUCCAAGUUCCCCCUGCUACGUCUGAUCCUGUGGCUCAAACCCCGCAGCCUAAACGCCGUCAUGGAUCGAGUCAGGCAUAAGGACAUCAAGGACUACUCGGCCUUUAUUGAAAACAGCGUUGACCAACGCAUCGAGUCUUACAAAUCUUCCUCCUCAUCCCCCAGCUCCUCUUCCGUCCGCGAAGACAUGUUCCACUUUCUCAUCACCGCAAAGGACCCAGAAACCAACCUUCCUGCCUUCAGUCGCGACCACCUCCUCUCUGAAGCCCGCCUGCUGGUCCUUGCUGGUACCGACACCUCAGCCACAACAAUCUGCGCCCUCUUCUUCUAUCUAGUGCAUAACCCUGCCAAACUAGCCAAACUAGUCUCAGAAAUCCGCUCAGAGUUCUCUUCGCUCGAUGACAUUACGCUCGGCCCAAGGUUGUCGCAGGCUAAGUACCUGCGCGCGUGCAUUGACGAGACUCUGCGCCUCAGCCAUCCCGCUCCCAGCGAAUUGCCGCGCGAGGUUCUUUCCGGCGGUGCAACCAUUGACGGCAUGUUCUAUCCCGCAGGCAUAGUUGUUGGAUGUGCAAACUGGUCACUCGGCCACAACGAGUCGGUAUACGGAGAUGCGAACACGUUCCGCCCAGAACGCUGGAUCCCGGACGAGAUCAACACCGAAACUGAUAUCUUGAACCUUCGAAAGGGGUUCCACCCUUUCUCGAUCGGACCAGGCAAUUGUGCGGGCCAGAAAGUAGCUAUGCUGGAACUGCUACUAACUUUUGCGCGGACGCUUUGGCGUUUGGAUGUCCGAAUUGCGGAUGGGGAGAAGGUCAAAGUAGGGGAGGGAAGUAAGGAGUGUGGUCAAGAUCAAAAGGAGCCGAAGCAAAUGGUCGUCAAGGAUGCAUUUCUCUGUUUGAAGGAUGGGCCGAUUGUGCAGUUCAGACGAAGGGAGAUGUAAGGUCUAUCAGCCUACAUCAUUAUCAACCUCUCAUGUUCAUCUGGCCAUGCUUUUAUCUCGAUCCACAAACUAACAGUUGAUAAGGAGAAGGCGUUCAGGCAAUCCUUGUGGUUUGUCUUUAUUCACUUUGUUUACCUAAAGAUGACGGUUUUUGCGAUGUUAUAGUGAGUGGAACCACAACAGUGUCCAUGUAUUGCUUGAUGAUAUUUGCCUC